AGGCCAACGUACUUUGCCAUCAGAACUGUCCCAACACCCAAACUGGAUUUCUGAUCUGUUGGUUCAAGAAGCAGUGGAUCCCAAGACGUGAACUCUGAAAACCAAUUCUGUUAAGGUGUCAGGAUAUCCGCAUUGACACGCAUCUUACCAUUCUACACGGCGAAAGUCUCGAUUCCUCUCUCAGCUAUUGAUCCUACAAACUUCCAGCUUGAAAAUAUGAGCUCUGACCUCCCUCCUCCUCCCUCAUACGACGACGCCGUCUCCGCCGUCGCCCGCCAGCCGCCCUUUCCGCGUCCAGACUCCGUUGCGGUCCAUCACAUCAUCGUCGGAACCGGCGCCACCUCUCUCUCCCUCCCGUUUCCCGACCCUGCUGAGGUUUGGAAGAGUCGCGACAUCUCCGUCCAGGACUGGGCCGCCUUCGCCUCCAACAUUACCGCGGCACUCGACGCCAACACCGUGGACGACAAAAAGCAGGCGACAAACAUGGAGGAAUACAAGGAAAAGCGCUUGAUGGAAAUUGUCGAGGGUUGGAAUCGUGGUUUCUUUGAGCAGCGCGGCCUCAGAGUUGUCCUCAACGGACAAGAUGAUGCUGCUCCCACUGCAGACUCCUCUGCUGACGGCUCACGGUUCAGUUUUGGCCCUAAGAAGUUUGGGGUUCAGAUUGGAGGGGGUAUUUUUGGCGUGGAUCUAUCUAAGAAGCCUGUUUCGGAGAAGUAGACGGCAAUUUUCGCCAUCAAGUUCGAAGUAAACCGACUUGAUGUGCAGAGAAAAAGGAAAAUUGUCGCUUGAAAUUUUGAACACAAUGGAGCGCAACACUGUUGGAAUUGGUAUCAAAUGUGUUUCGCAGCAUUCAUGUUCUCUUCUGCCAUUCUACUAUCGACAAAUUUCUGUCACGGACAAUGAAUUGAAGUUUUCUUAUGCUUCGCCGGCCGUCUCC